AUGGAUAGCUGUUCAGAAGAAAUGGAUAAAGCCAUUGCAAAAUUGCAUCAAAACUUUCAGGACCUAAGGUACCACCUUGAGAAGGCAUUCUUAGAGCAGGGCAGAGCCUUGUUGAAAUUUGAAGCUCAAUGGAAUGAUCUUAAGAAAGAGCACAAGAAAGGUCUUGAGCAGCAUGAGGUCAACCUGCAGCAAAUGGGUAUCUCAGUGCCAUCAAUUGGGACAGGACACUUUGCUACUGCAAAUCCGAAUGCCGCCUUGUGGAGCAACUCCAAUGCUUGGGCUUCUGGAAAUGGUACUCCGACUGCUUGGGCUUCUGGAAAUGGUACUCCGACUUCUCGGGCUUCUGGAAAUGGUACUCCAAAACUUCAUUGUGACAUAUGCAAUGUUUAUUGCGACACCAAGGAGGUACUUGAUAAGCAUAAAUUGGGAAAAAAGCACAAGAUGAACAUGGAUAAGUUGAAAGGCAAAAAACCCAUCCCUGGACAAAAUAGUAAGAGGAAAGCUGCUUAUCAACCUGUAGAGGAUUUGGAAACUAAGAGAAGGAAGGUUCUUGAAAGUGGGGCAGCACCCCAUACUUUAAGGACUUGUGCUAUAUGUAAUGUGGUCUGUCUUAGUGAGACAGAUUUCAAUAAUCAUCGUGCAGGGCAGAGGCAUGCUGAUGCUGUUGUUGCUAUGGCGAAGAAGCAUGCAGCUGGAACAAGUAGCCACCACCAGCCGGAAAGGAGAUUUUAUGGUGGAAAUCAAUAA